AUGGAGGACAGCGGAAGCCAGAGAGAGUCGCGCGAGCGCUUGUAUAGAGCACCUUCUCGAGCUAGUACCGGUAGCACUGUAAACACCCAGACGACCAAGAGUGCGGCCAGUCCCGCCUCCCACUUUCGUGAAACGCAUGCGAGCCCGCAUCUAACCCAUAGGUAUCACCAUAGCCAUUCCGGUAGGAGCCUAAUGGGAACCCGGGCUCCGUCGCGGUUGUCGAGAGAGUCCGGCAUGGAUUUCCGGGAACCGGCGGCUGCCUCGAGCUUUCUACAAGAAAGGCUGCAACAGGAAAGAAAUGUGGAAGGCCAACGCCAGGCGAGUAAAUUCGGUAUCGAUUUGAGCGCUUCCGCUGGCGAUAUUCGGGACAUGGACACGCCAAGCUCGCCCAUCAGGAGGAGCGCUACCGCUCUGGGACGAUGGCAGCCGCCCGAUGGCGGCGACGAUCUCGCGAUGGACCCUGGAAUGGGGCUGAAGCGGCUGGAAAAGACUUUAUCAACGCUCCAUAAGCAAAAUUUUGACCUGAAGCUGGACUUAUACCAUCGACGACAACGCCAGACUGCUCUCGAAGAGCAAGUUGAGAAGCUUGAGGCCGAAAACAGCGAGAUAGCGGAAGCUCACGAGAACCUAGCUUCCGAGCUGGAGAUGAAGGAAAAAGCCAUUCAAGAAGCGGUUAACAUGAUCGUAAAACUGGAAGCACGAGUCGAGGAAUUGCUCCUGGAGAGGGACAUGGUCAGACAAGUGGAGGCGGAUGGGUCAUACCGUCACUCCCACGCAGACGAACCUGAGCUCAAGUCUAAACCUACACCAGCACUCGUAUCCGCCGCCCAUACGAAGCCGAGAAAUCUAUUCGUCCCACACCUGUCGAAAGAUGCUAACACUCUCGAGCGGAUGCCUAGCUUCCUCUCGGAACGUAGCGAACAAACCGAGAACUUGCGGAACGCCGUUCUGGGACGGCGAAGUAGUAUCGCGCGUAUACGCCAAGUUUCUGCAUCUAGUGUUGACCCUAGUGAGAUUAAUCGUGUCACUAGUCCCAGCCUCAGUGUGCUUAGUGAGAGCUCGUUCGUCAGCAUAUACGGCGCAAGGGACGCGCCGGACAAGGCGAGCAUGCUGUCUACUGAUAGUACGGCAGUAACCGAUGGCGUUCCGCCGGAGCACUCCUCGACCCCGACGGCGAUAACGACGAAGAGGAAAAGUUGGGAUAAGCGGUUGAGCCCGGUACAAAACAAGACGCCCGUCGGGGCCCCCGAUGGAGGAGGGGCUAAGCUGUCGACUCACAUUCAACCAUUCGGGAACGUCAUCGAUACGGAUUCGCCCCUCCAAAAGCUGGAGAAGCUCGAGGACCGAAUGACGGGACUGGGCGAUGCCUCUAGGCGGGCGGCUCGCUCCUCCUCGGUCAGAGCGCGGCCUACCGCUACUCUAGGCCCUAGCCUAUCCACGAAGCCGCCGCACCAGGGCAGAACCAAGCAAGAGAAGAGAGAGGCUCUUCAGAAGGUUCUCACCAACUAUUCCGCGCAUCGCGAUCUCGCUAGCCCGCACGCUUAUCCUCCUACCCCCGACACGGUCUCCUCGUCCACGCUUCGGAAACAUCAGCCUUUUACUAGCUCGCAGGACAGCCUCGAGAAGCAAUCGGGGGCGACUACUGCUACGGGCGAAGUCCCGCCGGCUACCUCCGAUAGGUCCGGGCCGCCGGCUAGAGAAGCAGCUUUCAGGGGGUCCCCGUCCGUAUUUUCGAGCCGCAGGCCUAUGCCGAUGCCGAGCAUGAACCCCAACCUAUUCUCUGACCUCAGCGAGCUUGCGCAGUCUCUCCCGCCGCGUCCGCACUCGACGGCUGGGACGACGAGCUCUCAUACUCGAGCGGACAGCCUAGGAUCAGAAUCGGACUCGGACGGCGGGGCAGACGCUCAUUCCGAAUCGGACAGCUUCGACUACUGGAUGCGGGAGAGUAUGGAGCCAAACAGGCACCAUGCAGGGUCUUCAGGACAGCGCGAAGACGACCUCUCGUCCCCUGAUCUCUUUUCCUUCCCGGCGGACACGAAAGGCUGGGAGACAGACGUCAUCUUUGGGGCCUUGAGAGGUAACGGUUAUCUCGGUUCGCCGGUGUCGGCGUUGAAACGCGACCCCUUGGACGAGAUGGCCAAUUCGUUACAGGCGCAGACGCAGCAGGCCGAGGCGCUCGAUCCGGCCACGCCCGGGCAGGCACCGCCCACGCCGGAUCGGAGAUCGAGUCUACAUGCGCGGACGGGUAGCACGAGCGCGGUAUCGCAGCUGGGCGGGAUGCUUAAGAAGAGUCCCGGCCCGAGCUCGCGCCUGAGCUGGCUAGACGGGAGAGGCAGAAGCAACAGCGUCGGCUGCGCCGCGCAGGGGUCGACCGUUAACAAACCGGCGGAAGCGGGGAAGCGAAGCCAGUACCCGCCAGUCUCGGGGCAGUCGUUAAGGGGACGAAGCCUAGGACUUAAUUCCUUCUUUAAGAGGGCAGGACCAGAAAGCGCCAGCGUCCCCUCCAGCGCGACUGAGGCCGGCUUCCCCGUUCCGACCCCGGCCCAACUGCCGCCAGUCGCGUCGCAUCUCAACCCCGCCAGGCUCUCGGGGAGAAAUAGUGUUCCGCCCCCCGCGACGAUGCCGUGGGCGCGACCGGCGGGGGUCUCAGAGGAUGAUUUUAAGAGCGCGACACCUCCCCCGAUCAUGCGCAACCGCGUUCCGACGCUGCUCGCCGAAUUCGGCGGUAUCGAGGCGGCCGAGCCGAGCACGCCACCACGGCAAAUGCCAGCGACUCCGACCACGCCCACGACGAUAGUCUCGUCGCAGGGUGGCCACGGGAACGCAACACCAGGAGGGACUCAGAGCAGCAUGAGGAAGUGGCUAGGCCUCGGAAGGAUGGGUAGCUUGAAAAGUCGGAUGGGCUAG